CUCUUACCUUCCCUGGCAACGUUUGUCUAUGGACACCUCUUGCAAUGAAAUGCAUUAAUGGCGAGUAAAUAACAUGCAGAAUGUUGCACUUUGACAUUUGUUUGUGAUAUACAGAUACAAAGAAUAAUGUCGGAUCCAAUGCAAGGGAUAUUGGCCGAGGCCAAGUCGAACAAAUAUUCUUUAAUAAAGGAUAAACUUUCAGAAGACGAUGUUGCCAGUGUUUGGGAGAAUCUCUCCAAUUUUAUUGAAAAACACAUGUCCCAGCAGAAGGGUGUCAGUAUCCCUAUGCUGGGAACAUUUACCUUCACACAGAAAAAGCUGGACAUAGGAAAUAACAAAUUUAUUAUGAUGCAGAGACCUAUCUUUAUGUUGUCUGAGAAAUUUGCCCAGACUCAUGGUCUUCAGUCGGUGAAAUAUCAUGUCCCAGGAAAUAUUCCAGUAAUUCAGCUGAACUUUGCAGCUUUAUCAUUUGAGAGUCCGUUUGAUAGAGACACGGUAGAGACCUGUAUAAGGGAAAUCCUCAGCACCGUGUCUCGAGCGGUCAGUGCCAAAAAGAACGUUGAACUGACCUUUACAGGGAUUGGUCGUCUGACCGUGAGAGAUGCCCGGGUCAAAAUGAGGUUCUACAAGGAGUUUAUUAACCAGAUGGAUGGGACUGGAAAACUUCUGGACUCCAUGCAAAAUAGACCAGGAACAGUAGACUCUGUGAUGUCAGACAGAGUUCCCUCUAGACCUGCCUCCAGUACCACAGUCAUUCUGCCAAAAAUCUCUAGUACCAGUCUAGCACCAGGGGGUCCUGGGGCACUAGCCCCUGUAGCAGAACAAGAUGAAGCUGCCCUUCAGAUGGCACCUGCUGAUGUCAUGGAGGUCAACAGACCACCCAUAGAGUUAGAACCUUUUGAAAUGGUCCCUCCCCAGACUGAUGAUAUACCUACCUAUCCCUCCCAGGACCUGUACAAACAAGAGGGAAUGGAGGGCCCAGAAACUGGGAAUAUGGCUACUGAUGAAGCUAUUCGUCACAUUGAGGACAGAGGUUUACCAAUCACAGAGGAGACUCUUAAUCCAAUCAAUGCUCCUGUUGCAGGAGAAUUGGAGGGACAUACAGCCAAUGAGGUCCCCAGAAGGGACUACUUUGACACAGAGAGAAUUUUACCUGCCAUAGGAGAAGAGUAUACUAAGAAACCACCUGUUGCACCAAGCCGUUCUGGGUCCCGCCUGGCCAUGCCUAUGGCUCAUGCUACUGGUGUCAGCCUUCUGGACGAUUUGAUGCCUUCCAACUUGACCCCCAAAUCUGCCCCCUCCCCAGGGCUGCUCCACAAGUCAUCUCCUGCCCCAUUCAGAGAUCUGGCAGAUGGUUUGCCUCAGAGGAAGUCUGUUUCUCCCAAGUUAACUCCCCUACAGAGGUCCCAGAGCUGUAAUGCCCUGGACAAGGGACCAGAGAAGCCCCCUAGUCCUCCCCAGUCUGCAUGUGGUCAUCCUAAUGCUGGUCAGGAGCUGUGUUACCUGUGUCAUCAGAGGUCAAGGAGGAACAUCCCCGUGUCAUUCACCGAGGAGAGACGUCGCCGCGAGGUGGAGGAGGACAAACUCCUACAACAAUUUCAGUACAUGAAGGAUGCAGAGGAGACUCUAAAAGACCAGGAGGGUAUGCUGGCUAAACGUCAUGAUCUACAGAAAAUGGCGGCAUUUAACCUUGGAGUCGCAGAGGGCAUUAAUCAUAAGAAGAAGACCAGGGACCUUGAUUUCCAUAAAUCAUACAUUUUCCAAAAGCGUCCCCUAACACCACCCAGGAUACUGAAGCAGAGAGAGUAUGCAAGUGACCUGGCAGGACAGGUCACUGUAAAGGAUACAGUGAAGCAAAAGAAGAAAGCUGAUGAGGAAUUUCUGGAGAGACUUGAACAGGUUCAACUGGCUGAAGAUCUAGCUGCACAAAGAGAACAGUUUAUAAGAGACAAGUAUGAACAACAGGAUAUGUACAAGAAUGCUCUAGAGGCCCAGAUUAAAAUUAGAGGUCGUUUCCGUAAGUCUGACGGUCUUGUACGCACCCCCGAACCUCCCUCCAUGCUCUUGCCACGCCGAUUGCCCACAGCAGACCACACCCUUUUGCCCUCUGCCCGCCCCAAGCUCAGCAACAGCAAUUUCUCUCUUCCAAUGAUCCCCAAAAUCCUGACACCUUUCGGGGACUUGAUGCCAGAGCGGAUGAAUGAGAGACUGAAGUCGCCAACCUUCAAAUCACGGCUGAAGUUUAAACCAUUACAAGUUCCUCCACGAGAACCUGACGGUGAGGUGUUCGGUAAGAAUGAUAUGAACAACGAGAAAAUGGCCGACAGGAGAAGAAGGGCGUACGAACUGUUCAGAGAACAACAGGAACUGGUGGCGCAAAAGAAGAGGGAGGAUAUACUGAAGAGGUUGAUGGAACAGCGAGAGGAGGAAGACGUUCUGGAGAGGACCAAGAAAGAAUUGACAGAGGAUAGAUCUAAUAGAUUCCAGCGCAGGGCCUUUGUCCGCAGACGCCUAGAGGAGGAUUGGGCCGAGUCCUCCAAGCGGAAACGUGAACGAGAGAUGGAGGAACGUCUCCACCAGCUGGCGCCAGGGUCGCUCCUACACGAACAGUGUGAUAAAUAUAACCGAUGUAAGCAGUGCAAGAGGAAACUGAACAAUUGUGGCGAGUCUAAUAUCUGGAGGGAAUCCCGGUACAUUCCCGGAUCUCGACUGAUGGUCUAACGUGCUAUAUCUAGAAAACUUUAUAAUAAUUACUAUUAUACUAAAUAAAUUGCUCAUGUCAUAUGUCAAUGCGAUUUUAUACACUUCUAAAUCAUCAGUAUUACUCUCUGGUUUUAUUAUGCAUUUUGUUUUACUGUUUUUACAUCUAGAAGGAAGAAAGAUAAUUUAAGUCCCCCAAACAAUCAUGUCUUGAUUUUCUAAGUUUAUAAAAAUCUUUUAAGGCUGUUAUUGGUUGAUGUGAAAUAUAUUUUGUUACUGUCAUAUGAAAGACUAUAUAUGAAUUUAUUCACAUCCUUUAUAAAAUGUUAUACUAUGUAGCGAUGUCUGUGUUCAGUCUAAUGUGCUCUGUUAUUCUGUUCAAAACCCUGUUUGAGUAUAUCAUAAUGUGCAUGGGAAGGAAUUUAAUAUUUGAAGAAAAAUAUUUAUUUCUGAAGCAUUUGUUAAACAUUGAGUACCUCCUCAGGUAGAAUAAACUGUAGAUUCAUCUAAAUACAACAACUGCUUUGAUUUGUUUGUAUGCAAUGGUUUGAGAAUUGUGAUAUUCUAUAGCUGCUAAUGAUUGACUGUGAUAUUUUAUAUACCAUCAUGUAUUGUUAGAUACUAUUCGGUUAAGACUUUGUCAUUUUGAGUACAAAGAAAUAUGUUAAUUUAUGUGUCAACUGCUUUUGUGAAUAGUCAUUUCAAAUAAAAAUUUGGAUGAUUAAAA